CAGCUGCUGGGGAGUUCUCGCUUUGGUCUCAGGGAUCCCCGGCAGGUCACGCGGCGACCUGCGCUGGAGCCGGUGGGAAGGCAUGGGUUGGUCUCAGAAUUUGUUCCGUGUCUUGUGGAGAGCGCUGUCAAAGGAAGUGAAGGAGCAAGUGGGCACAGACCGGUUCGGGAACAAAUACUACUAUAUCCCAGAAUACAAGAACUGGAGAGGACAAACAAUUCGAGAGAAAAGAAUUGUAGAAUCAGCAAAUAAAAGAGAAAUAGACUAUGAAGUAGGUGAUAUCCCAACAGAAUGGGAAGCUUGGAUCAGAAAAACAAGAAAGACUCCACCUACUAUGGAGGAAGGAAGAUACUUGGACAGUCUUUGGAGGUGUGUGGACUGGAGAGCUCCAUUUGAACUGAGGGUCACUUACCCAUCUACCUCCCCACAGUACCCUUGCCUCUUUGGGGAAACAGUACCAGCUGUCCCUCUGAGAUGUCAGCAGCCUGUUUUCAAGUCUCAGUCAGUUGUACUCACUAUGGAUGAGGAAAUAAUGAAGAAUGAAAAAUAUAAAGAAGAAAUUAAAAUGAAAACCAAAGACUUUUAUGAAAAAGAAAAACUCCUCAGAGAAGAGAGCAACAAGGAACACUUGGUUCCACCAGUUCAAACUCAGAUUAAAGGGCAUGCCUCCGCUCCGGACUUUGGAAAAGAAGAAUCCUCCGUGGCUCCCACCAGCACUGGUAAAACCUUUCAGCCAGGAUCCUGGAUGCCACAAGAUGGCAAGAGCCACAAUCAAUGAAUGCACUGUGGUAAAAUCAUUUCAUUUAUAUAUGUAUGUGACUAUUUUAACAAGUAAAAGUAAAAAGUUACUUUGUAUUUUCUGACUGUACAAUAGUUCUCUAUUCCAGUAAGCUUAAGAACUUGUUUUUACUAUGCAUAAGAAGUGUGAGGUUAUGAACUAUAGAAACCUAACUUCUUUUAGACUUAAUCCUUCACCUGAUUUAGUCAUCAUUCUCUGUUUAUGAAUUUGCUUAGUUUUUUUUCCUCUUUGAGUUGCUCCCUUGAGAAGUAUCUUGUAGCUGUAAAUGCUCAGUACGUUUUAGAUCCUUACGAUCAUUUAGAAACCACGCAAAAUAUAUCUUGGUAGAAAAUGAUAAGGGUAAAUAUUGAACUGUCCUAACUGAUCAAAUAUAAAAGGAGAAGACCGCUAUUUCUGUAGAGGCACUCUGUAAGAUUCUAAAGGACUAAUCAAAAACAUGAACUUGGAUAAUACGUGGCGGCCAAGAUAAAACACGUGGAGGCCAAGAAAAUUUAUUUGAUAAAUGAAAAAAACCCUAUGAUACUGAUGAGUAGAUGGGACAAAAGCUAUUUUAUGGUGGGAUUGAGGAUGGAGUUUUAAAGAAGGAAUUAGGGCCAAUGGAAGUAGACAAUCUAUCACAAAAGUCUGAAAAGAUGGUAAACAGAGAAAUGGUACAGUAAUCGUAGUUCUGUGAGAUUAAAAAUUACUUGGAAGAAAUAGAAAAUAGGGCAGAGUUCUCAGAACGUGAUUCCACUGAUAGUGGAGAUUACAGUGAUUUCUAUAUUGGAGAAAAUUAUAGACAGAUGACAACAUUAAAACAGAUUAUAUAUAAAAGUGUCAUACAUUUUCUGAAGUGCACAACCAAGUUUUUGUUGCUAACAGAGUUCUAAUUCUAAUAUAGAGGCCUUCUAACAGUGUUUGACAUUGUAGCAACUACUCAAUAAAUAUGGACUGAGAUUUUUACUUAAUAUUAGAAGGUUAAAUUUUUAAUUGCUUAAGAAAUAAACUACAGAAAAAUACAACUUUAUAAAAUGUUAUACUAAAACAAGUAAUCAAAUGUAAUCACCAUAAUACUUAUGAAAUGACAAAAAAAAAGCCCCUAGGUGGUAAUAUUAACAUUCCAGCAGUCCUGUUAAUAUCAAGUUAAUCAUUCUGUCUCUUUACAUUAUUACAAAGUAGUAUUACAUUUUACCAAAGAGGCAAAAAAGGAACUAGCUAUUAGGCAAUAUAAAAAGAGAUAAAAUUUGUUGUAUAAUUGACUGUAAAGUAAGAUGUUCUUGAACCCCAAGUUACAGGAAAAACUGUAAAUUCUAGCAUGCUAGAAUAGAAUGUUUCUACUACCAAAUUCCUAUCAGCUUAUUAACUGUAUUCUAUAUACAUAUUUUACAAAAGCUUGUCGUGUAGGCUGUUUAUAAAUAUCUUAACGUAUGACAGAAUUUACGUUAAUUUUAAUUUUUAUGGUUUUCAUUUCAAAAUACCUGUUUUACUUAAAAGAAAAUCUUAGCCAACAGUUACGUUAUAUAAGAAGAUGAUACUGGCCCACCCAUUAUUAGUAAAGUAUGUACUUUCAAAAUGAUUUUGAGAGGUGGGAAUAAACUUUGUAGUAAUCCAUCCACACUCCUUUCCUCAAGACUAACAUUUUUAGGAUGACUGGUUACACUGUUAGGUGGUAUCAGAACAGAGUUGAGAACAUUUAGUCCUACAUAAAAACUGAACUAUAAUCUUGGCCUAAUUAAGAUUGCCUUUCUAAACAAUCUUGUUUUUAUAUGUGGCUUUUAAGCCAGACACAUGUAAAGCAGAAUCAAAGUUUCACAUAAAAUAUUCACUUGUCCACCAUAUUUCAUAUUUUAAAUAGUUAUAUUUGGGGAAUUUACAAGUUUUUUUUUUUAAUGAAAAUGUUUUUCUUCAUCUUUUCAAGACAGACUCCAAAACCCAUGCAGUUUUUUUAAUUUCAAAAGUUAAAAUGUUCAUUUUAAAAUAAUUAAAGUGGGGCUUCCCUGGUGGCGCAGUGGUUAAAAAUCUGCCUGCCAAUGCAAGGGACACGGGUUCGAGCCCUGGUCCGGGAAGAUCCCACAUGCCGUGGAGCAACUAAGCCCACGCACCACAACUACUGAGCCUGAGCGCUAGAGCCCGCGUGCCACAACUACUGAGCCCACAUGCCACACCUACUGAAGCCUGCGAGCCUAGAGCCCGUGCUCCGCAACAAGAGAAGCCACGACAAUAAGCCCGCGCACCGCAACUAAGAGUAGCCCCCGCUCACCGAAACUAGAGAGCCCACGCACAGCAACGAAGACCCAACACAGCCAAAAAUAAAUUGAUUUAAAAAAAUAAUAAUAAUUAAAGUGUCAUACAUACCUUAAGUACUCUCAGAUAAAUCCUUCCUGACUUCCUAUGCCUCUGCUAUACAUGCAUAUAGCAUUUUUUUUCCCCAAAGGCCUUAUUAUACAAACUGCUCAGGUAUACAUGCGUUGCCUUUUGGGUUUAACCAUAUAAAUCUAGCCUAUUAGCUAUGCCUUGGAUAUCUGAAGUUAAAAAUUUUAAAAAAUGGAGGAAAUAAUUUUUUCCCCAUUAUGUUAUCCUUUUGCAUUCCAUUUUUACUAACAGAUUUCUGGCUCUCAUUUACUUCCUAAUUUCAUCAGCCUUGACCCAAUACCAUCAUAUUGACUUUUUUAAUGCUAUCUCAUUAACCACACUAUCUAAAAUGUAACCUGAAUUCAUUUAGACUAGGCUUUCUCAAACUAUUUGUGUUCUUCGGGGGAAAAGAAAAGAGAGUCUAUGAUAGUCAAAGAAGGUUAAAAGACUCCAAGAAAUCAUGCAGAAAUGAAUUCUUAUCUUGUGUUUCCCAAACUUUUGGUAUUUGAACACAGAAUCCCCUUUAAUGUUUGAGAAAUACAGAAUUUGUCCUUAUAUAUUACAGAUAUGAAGUAAAUCAGAGUGAUCCUAUAAUCAGUUGCAAACCUGAAAGCAAUCAUUCCUAAAUAGGUAUCAGACUUCCUCUAACUUAAAACCAGAUGAGGUAUAAAGUGCCCCUCACGAUGGGUGAAGAGCUGUUCGUUAUAGUGGAUCUCAACAUUGGGUUUCUAGCUCGCAGCAUCCGAAGCUUAUUUCCAGUUUGUUCACUGUAAUUUCAGGAAAUAGGUUUAAAAUCCCCUUGCACAUCUGAUACAGUAACACCAUGCUGAAGUUUACCACAUGGUAAACUAUGGAUCAAAUUCUGAUGCACAAACUUUUUUGGUGGUAAAAUGUUUGUUAUAGGCAGCUUGUUUGUUUUUCCUUCAAAACCAGCCAUAAAAUGGUAAUUGAUUAUCUUAGUUCUAAGAACCUCAGAAACAACAUAAUAGGUAGGCAGUUUUUAAAAGAAUUAUUCUGGGUAACAGUAAAUGGGAUUCUUGUAACCGUUAACAGUAUGUUACAAUAAAAGAUUGAUUUUUCUGAA